AUGGGAAAUGGUUACUUUCGACAAACAACUUCGAGUGAUGAAUCUCCAACACUUCUUUUUAUCAUUAUAGAGGUAGUGAUCGUAAAGGUUCCCUUCAGAUUUAAUUUUAUAUGCGACAAAACAUCCGUUUCUGUUGUAUUGCGAAGUGGAACUGGAUUCGUCUUAAACUGUAAUAAUGCAACACAAGUCAGUCCAUACUGCUGCAAACCGUUUCAAAGCGACACGAACGCAGUCAAAGGAGUUAAAAUACUAUUUUAUUGUGUUCUUCUAUUGAUACCAAUUAUUGGAAACUCGUUGCUCAAUGCAAUCAUCAAGAUGAAUAUAAACGAAUACAGACUAUUACCUCAUCGCCAUCAUGGCUGUUUCAGACAUUAUUAUAACAGCACUGGUAGUUCCGCGACAGCUAAUAGAAAUAUUGCUUGGCCCACGAUCGUGGCUGGUAAGGGAAUUGCUGGGCUCCAUUCUUUCAAGAGACUAAAAGAACACACAAAAGUACUGAGGAACAUCAUUGAUGUACUAAUUGCUUUCAUGCUAUGCAUCAUUCCAAUCAAUGCAUAUGGUGUUAUGGUUUAUUUCGUCUGGGAGUGGAAAAUGCCCUGUGGGAUGAAAAACUUUGGUUUUGCUGUCCACUUUAUUCUAUAUGCAAACGCUUCUGUAAAUCCGUGGAUAUACUUUUCUUUAAACGAUGAAUAUCGCCGGUGUUUCGUGAACAUUUUAAAGAAACUUCGCAUCGUCGCAAAAGGGGCGGAGAUUACGAGAAGAUCAUCUCGAGCUAUCGCCGCGGCAUUAGAAAAGUUAAAUGUUUUUUCAUCUACUUACAUCUUGAGCAAUUAGCUUGUUUCUUCGUUCUUUUGGGCUUCUCUAGUUGAUUUUCUGCGAAUCUCUGCUGGCGGUCAACUAAACAAAUGUCAUAAUGUUCACAAUGAAUUAUUAGACUUUAUGUCUGGAGCAUAAUGCAUGAAAUGUAUAUUCAUUUGAUUCAUCUGUCAUAUUUUCCAUUUCUCUGCAUUAGUGCUUAAUCAUACAGAGGUGUCCAUAUAUAUUAUCAUUGCUUUUUUCCCAUACAUUAGCAUUUGUCUUUCAUAUCAUUUUAAGGGUAAUCGGUCAAGAACUAACUGUAGUGGACCUAUUCGCUUAAACUUUAACAAUUCAAACAAAUAACAGAAUAAUAAGUCACUAGACAUGAUUUCUCAAUAGUGCUUAGCUGUUGAAAUGCCUCUGUUACAAGAUUUUGACACAUGUUGCAUCUGCUUUUCAUAUCACCAAGAUAUUUUUCCAUAACGGAUUAAGUACGAGUGACGUAAAUACACUAGCAGCCUUUUCUGAGACAAAGCCGGUAAGAAUAAGAUUAGGAGUUGAAAAAGAUGAACGAUGCAAUCUCAUCAUUAUUCAGGUUAUCUUUUAAAUCCAAUCGUUAUGUGUUAUCUAUCUCUACCAAAUAAAUCAGGGAGUUAUAUUUUCUGGACCUAUAGUGGUUAUGG